GGUUUUGGAUGAGACGCUCAUUGGAAGGAUCUCCUGGAUGAUGAGGGAUUUUCUGUGGUGUCAGAUGUAUUUUGAGAAGAUGAGAAAAAAAAGAGAAUACAUCAGAAUGGAGGCCAGCGUUCCCACCGCCGCAGAGAAGAAGGACUGUAAGCCGUCCGCUCUGGAUGGAAACAGCUUCAGCGAGCUGCCCAAAAAACCUUCCCCAUCAUCACUGGCCAGAGGCCCUCAUCACAUCUUCCCGACUUUCCAUUCUCCGAUCCCCAUCGAUGUGCGUCACCACGAGGGGAGAUACCACUACGAGCCCCAUGCGUUCCACGCUCUGCACGGUCCUGCAGGUUUGGCGGGCAGCCCGGUGAUCUCGGACAUCUCUCUGAUCCGUCUGUCUCCGGGAGAGUCCAGCUUCUUCCCUCCGCACUCAUACGUCUCUCCACACGUGGAGCAUUACCUUCGCUCGGCACACAGCAGCCCCACGCUGUCCAUGAUCUCAGCGGCGAGAGGACUGAGUCCAGCCGACGUGGCUCACGAGCACCUGAAGGAGCGAGGUUUGUUCGGUUUGCCCCCUCCGCCUCCCGGCGCUACCCACGCAGACUAUUAUCACCUGAUGACCGGCCACAGAAACCCGUACGGAGAGCUGCUGAUGCAGGGGGCCGGAGCCGCCGCUCACCUGCCCGAAUACUUCACUCCGGUGGACGUGUCGCGGUUUCCCAGUCCUCGUCUGACGCCGCGCUUGAGCCGGAAGCGAGCUCUGUCCAUCUCUCCGCUCUCAGACGCCAGUAUCGACCUGCAGACCAUGAUCCGCACCUCGCCCAACUCUCUGGUGGCCUACAUCAACAACUCUCGCUCCAGCUCGGCCGCCAGCAGCUCUUAUGGGCACCUGUCCGUCGGAGGCAUCAGUCCGUCGUUCCCGUUCCCGCACUCCAUCAAUCCGGUGGCGUAUCAGCAGCUGUUGUCCCAGCAGAGAGGCCUCAGUGCGUUCGGACACACGCCGCCGCUCCUCCAGCCGUCUCCCAGCUUCUCCAGCAGACACCCGCUGAGCCUCUCCUCCCUGCAGACGCCCUCCGCCAGAGACCCCGAGACCCAGAACACGAAUGACGACUCUGCAGUCAGCAGCACGGUAAACCCCCUGAACAACAAGAGGUCAAAGGUCAAGGCAGAGUUGGACAGGCCGCGACCUUUAUCGCCUUGCUCUCCGGACCAUCUGGGAAGCGCAGUGGACCUGAAGGAAGACUUGGACGACUGCAAGCAGGAGGCUGAGGUGGUAUACGAGACCAACUGCCACUGGGAGAGCUGCAGCAAAGAGUACGACACACAGGAACAGCUGGUGCAUCACAUCAAUAACGAACACAUCCACGGGGAGAAGAAGGAGUUCGUGUGCCGCUGGGAGGAGUGUUCGCGCGAGCAGAAGCCCUUUAAAGCGCAGUACAUGCUGGUGGUUCAUAUGCGCAGACACACCGGGGAGAAACCGCACAAGUGCACUUUCGAGGGCUGCUCUAAGGCGUACUCACGUCUGGAGAAUCUGAAAACACACCUGCGCUCACACACCGGAGAGAAACCCUAUGUGUGUGACCACGAGGGCUGCAACAAGGCCUUCUCCAACGCCUCGGACCGAGCCAAACACCAGAACCGCACACACUCCAAUGAGAAACCCUACGUGUGUAAGAUCCCGGGCUGCACGAAACGCUACACCGAUCCCAGCUCGCUCCGGAAACACGUCAAAACUGUCCACGGCCCCGAAGCUCACGUCACCAAGAAACAACGUGGUGACCUUCCAUCCCGACCUCAUCCGCCCAAAGAAAAUGGAGAGAACGAAGCGGGAACCAAGCUGUCGGGCCGAACGGCGGAGGAGAAACUCGAAGCCAACAGCACGACUAGAGAAGUCGAGGACUAUCUGCAGGUCAAGUCCAUAAAGACGGAGAACUCUAUGAUGUAUCAGUCCAGCCCUGGUGGUCAAUCAUCAUGUAGCAGCGAGCCGUCACCACUUGGCAGUGCCUCCCACCAUGAUGGUGGAGUAGAGCUGAUGGGACUCAGCGGGGGCAUCAUGGGAGAUCUGAGCAGCCUGGACGACGUGCCCCUCGUGGAUUCCACCGUCUCCACAGGGAUGUUGGGCCUCCAUCUUCGGAAGAACGCUAACCCUGCUUACAUACUCACACACCUGAAGCAGGAAAGGCUGAAGUCAGUGAGGGACUCGUGCUCCUGGGCAAACCAAACUCCUCCUGCCCCCAGCACCAAGCUUCCACCCAUCAAUACUGGUUCUUUAUUGGAAGGUUCAGGCGGUCUGUGUGAUCCAGGGCUUUCCAUCUCCAGCCCACGCUUGGGUGACCUUUGUCCUGGAGAGACUACGGUUCUGAGUCAGCUGGUGGAGCGUCGUGACAGCCUAGCCAGCACUGUGAGCUCAGCUUACACCCUCAGCCGUCGUUCAUCUGGAAUCUCGCCUUGCUAUUCCAGCCGCCGGUCCAGCCAAACCUCGCAACCUGGUGGCCGUAUUAACAACAUCAGCUCGGCCGACUCCUACGACCCCAUUUCCACCGAUUUGUCUAGAAGGUCCAGCGAGGCCAGCCAAUGUAGUGGACUCCACAGUUUACUCAGUCUGACUCCUGCCCAACACUACAGACUCAAAGCCAAGUAUGCUGCUGCCACAGGAGGUGCUCCACCCACCCCUCUUCCUAAUAUGGACUGCAUGAGCCUGAGGACUCGGAUGGCCCUGUUAGGGAAUUCCCAUGAAAUGGCCAUGCUCCCUAUCCAUCCCCCUUCAGUUCCCAGAAGGUGUAGUGACACCUGCUAUGCUCACCGUAGCGUCUUGCCCCAUGAGGUGACGGGAGACAUCACUCGAAGAGCGAGCGACCCAGUCAGAAGAAUAGGCACAGAGCAGCAUUCCCUCCAGCAACGUUACAACAGCAUGUCCAAUGUGAACCCCUAUCAGUCAUUACACCCUCCUACAUCUAAUCGACACUUUUCACAAAUCAACAGCCAGUCCGAAGGUAAUGUAAACCGCCACCCAUAUCCACCCCGACCUCCUAGCAUUUCUGAGAAUGUGGCGAUGGAAACCAUGGCCAGUGAUAUGGACAAUCAAAACAAUGGUCUUGAUGAUGCAGUGAUGUUGCCUGAUAAUGUCAUUCAGUACCUUACAUCUCAAAAUGGAGAUUCUGUCCAACAUGUAGGGACCGCAUACCGCCACCACCCUGGACAGAGCAUCCACAGCUUUGGCUCCCAUUACCAGAGACGGCUAGCCUUGGUGGAGGCCAACAUGAAUGCCGUAACGCAACAAACUGCAGCUCCAAGCUCCCAGCAGAAGUUUCCAGGUUCCCCCAGUGACACUAAGAACCAGAUGCCGGUGCAGUGGAAUGAGGUCAGUUCAGGAACAGUGGAUUCAUCUCACGGCCAAACCAAGCAGGGAUCAGGGCGGGGAAACCUCAGUCCCUUUCAGAACGUCAACUCCAACCAACAAGUUUGGCUGAUGAGUCACAACUUCGCUCACGCUGCCCAGCAGAGUCACGUGCAACGGAAUAGCGAGUUUAAUUCCCAGAGGAUCAACCAGAGGCAACCACUACGCCCGGCUAACACAGAGCAAGCUAACUUUCUGCAUGGUUACCAUCAGGGUUCUGCUUCAAAUGACAUCAGUGUAGGUUUGCUGAGUCCGUCUGUUAAAACGCUGACUGCCCAGCCUGGAAGCGUCCAGAAUAACAGGGUACAAGCUAGACAAAGCAAUGCCACUUUUCCAAAUAAUCAGGGAAAUUAUUCCCAGAUGAACAUCAACCAGCAAGGCUAUGGUAUUCCGACCCAGAAUCCCGCGCUGAACGGAAACCACGGACUGCUACAGCCAAGGCCACCCACAGAACCCAAACCCUACAGCCGGCAGCUCACAGGGCCAACACCAACUGCAGCGCAGCAACUUGGUUACCCACAAUCCAACUUUAGCCCCACAUAUGACACCUCCGAGGCCAGUCCCAAAAAAUCAGCUGAUGUGGGUGUCAACAGAACAAAUACCAACGUCAUGUUCUACACUGGGCAGAUUCACAUGUUCGAUUCCAACAGUCUGGGAAUGGCGGAUGCAGAGAGUGCAGCCAUGGCCACUGUGGGCUCCCCUGAAACAAAUCAGGUCUCCAGCACAGUGGAUUCAAACGGAGCAGAGCAUCCGCAGAUCGACUUUGACGCCAUGCUGGAUGAUGCCGAUCACUCCAGUCUCAUGUCCGGAACUUUAAGCCCCACCCUCCUCCGCAGCCUAUCCCAGAAUUCAUCCCGUCUCACCACGCCCAGGAACUCAAUGACGUUGCCCCCAGUACCAGCGGGAAUCGGCAACAUGGCCAUCGGAGACAUGAGCUCCAUGCUGACUGCGCUCGCAGAGGAGAGCAAGUUCCUCAAUAUGAUAUCAUAGGAAAAACAGGAAGUAAAGCACAAGAUUUAACGAGACAGCUUUUAAGGUGUAUGACUUUGAACAAGGACAUAAUAUUGCGUAAACAUUUUUACAUGCUUUUUAAAAGUGUAUUAUGUAUAGUAUUAAACUUUGGUAGCAUCUUUUUGUUUUGUUCAAGAAGCCAUACUUUGCCUUAGACCAGUGUAUGUACAGCACAUAUGAACAGACAGAGAAUUUGAUAAGCGACAGUCCUGUAUUUUUAUACGACUUCUGAAUUGAUGACAUGAACACAGGAACAAGUGCCUUGCUGUGCACAAGCAUAUGCAGGAAUUACUUUAUUCUAGCAGUAUGGGACUGUAUCAUUUCUGUCCUCUUCAAUGGAUAUGAAGAUGUUUUGUAUAUUCUGUAAAUUAAAUGUAAUAUUAUGCUUCCUAUCCUUGUUUGUACUAGACAGGAGAGAGGUUCCAAAUGAAUAUGCAGACAAGAUAUUAUGAAAUGUAAAACUUGACACUUGAAAGUGUAGUUCAGAAUCAAAAAUCCCUAAUUUUGCUUUGAUUUACUGAAGAUCUGAAUGGAAUCACAGGAACAUAACAGCUCUCUAAAGAGAUUGCGACCCUCAAGUCUGAACCAAACUCUCUGAGCAAACCGCACAACUGAUUAUCUUGGAUUGUUGAACUCAUAUACAGAAAUACGUUUAAACUGUCCUGUUGUACACAUAUUCCUUUUACAAGGCUGGAUCAUGUAGAUAUCUUUUGUAAAUUUUUAAUGAAAUACAA